AUGAACCUAAAAUUAAGCAAUCUUUUUAUUUUGCCUUACAAUAAUUAUUUGAGGCAUUGGUCAGUUGCGCGUUUUGACAUAUUUUGGGCACACUAUUUAAGGGGUUUGGAUACUUGGUCAUCACUCAAGGUCACCAGAAUCAUCUGGUCACUCUGUGUUGCAAGAUCAGUUUUCAUUAUAUCAGAUACCAUCAGUUGGCGGGAUAUGAAGUUUAAUAUUUUUUUUGUUUUGGGUGGACCGGGUGCUGGGAAAGGUACAGUAUGCCAGCAAAUUGUGAAGGAAUAUGGAUUUGUACAUUUAUCUGCUGGUGAAUUACUUCGACAAGCUCGCGAUUCACCAGGUUCUGAAUUUGCUAGUGAAAUACAAGAACACAUGAAAAAUGGGACAAUCGUACCGGCUGAAAUUACCUGUGGCUUAUUAUAUCAAGCAAUGAGAAAAAAUUCUGAAAAUGCUAAUUGUACAAAUUUUCUUGUGGAUGGUUUUCCACGUAAUGAUGAAAAUCGUUUGUGUUGGGAAAAAGAUUUAGGCUCUCAUACGAUAUUAAAAAAUGUCAUUGUUUUAGAUUGUCCAGACGAUGUAUGUAUCCAACGUUGCCUUGGACGAAAGUCAAAUCGAGUGGACGAUAAUGAAGAAACAUUAAAGCAUCGUAUAAAACAAUUCAAAGAACAAUGUAUGCCGAUUAUUCAAUUCUAUGAGGCACAAAAUUUGGUGACCAGAAUUAAUGCAAAUAAGUCUAUACCUGAGGUAUAUGAACAGGUUCGACAAAUGAUGAAAACCUUGAAUAUCACCAGUUGCAAAUGA